CCGCGCGCUUGGAACGUGGUGUAGCCUGCUCGCUUGGCCCCCGUGCCGCGGCGUGGGGACAGGAGCGGAUCGGCGCGCCCCGGGGGCUCUGCCGCGCCCACCAGCCCCCGCGUGGUUUGGCUCCGCGGCGGGGAAUCGCCGCUGUUCGUCCCCCGGCUUUGCCCGUCGCUCCCCGGCGGGACGCUGAGUCUGAAUGAACCGGGCGCUGGGGAGGCAGGGAAACCAGCCAGACGGGGAAGGUGAAGGGGCGAGCGGGCUGGCUGUGAAGGGGAUGCAGAGGCUCGCCUCCAGCAGAGCCUGGCCGUGGCCCUCUGCCGCUGCUGCCGGGCCUGGCCUGGAGGAGGUUGCGCUCUGACGUAAGAACAGAGACUGUUGACCUGAUUCUCGCGGGGGGGGACUCUGCUCACCCAUGGAGGGGAGCAAGUCAGCCCAAACCCCAGCCUUUGGUCUCAUGACAGCAGAUUCUGGUGCUGACAGGUACAGACUCGCGGGUGUUUUUUUUUUUUUUUUGCACUUUGGUUUAACGAACAAAACCAAGCCUUGUAAAUCCAGUUUUUGAGCAUCACCCAGGGUGCUUUUUUUUUUCUCCCGUUUUUCACCAACACGGAAGCAAAACAAAAAAUGACAAAUGUUUGAUUUAGCUGCUGCUGUUCUCCAUUUGGGCUGAACUGUCCGCCAAUAGGUACGCAACUUUCUCUGUCAUUUUUGACCUCCAGGAUUAUGAUUGCCUGGGGCUGCGCUGCUAGGAUUUCCCUUUUCAGUUUAAGGCCCCUCAAUGUAAGGAAAAACCUGGUUUGGAUAAGAUGGGGUAAUAAAUUUGGCAACUCCCCAUCUAGUGAUAAACACAGCUUGAUCAAAACUCAAGCCUUGGCUAAGACCACCUUAGUGUGCUGGGGGAUCACGAAGGUGUCUGUGGUGAGAUGCCAGGAAGUAUCAAACCAGUGUGCAUCCUUAUUCCCUGAACCUGCCAAAAAUAAACCUUCAGCUGGAUUCUUCUGGCAUCUUGGCUUUGCCCUUCGCCUGGGACUCCGGGCUUGUGUUCUCUUGUUGAAGUUUGGCCCUUUGCUUCUGCUUUAUCCCAUGACCUACCUGUCUUCAGGUUUUUCAGCCCUCUGGCUCCAUCUUCUGCUCAAGGCCACGGAGUCCUCGGGUCCCACUUAUAUCAAGCUGGGCCAGUGGGCGUGCACCAGGAGAGAUCUCUUCUCUGAAGAGUUCUGUAUUAAGUUUUCCAAGCUUCAUGUCAAGGUGACCCCUCAUCCCUGGGGUUACACCAAACACUUCCUCAGGAGAGCAUUUGGGGAAGACUGGAAGAGAGUCCUCAAGUUUAAAAGCAAGGAACCCAUUGGCUCGGGUUGUGUUGCCCAGGUAUAUAAAGCUUAUGCUGAUGCCACUACUAUUGAGGACCCCCAGUUCGAGGAACGAGUGAAGAACUCUGAAACAGAAUCUGCUUUUGAAGCCUGGGAGGUGUCUGGUCUUAGGGGCCUCUUCAGGUGGCCCUGGAAAUGGAAGGCUGGAGAGAUUUUGGAAGACGGCAGUGCAGACCAUUCACUUCAGGAAGAACGUUCCAAUGAAGGUAUUAAUAGAAAUGCUGCCUCUGAGAAGCAGAUGUCUGGAUCUCAGCUAACUACAAACACAUCAUCUGUCGACGGUUUAGAUGAGAUGGACCAUCUUAUUCCUGUAGCCAUUAAAGUCCUGCAUCCUGGACUAGUCCACCAGGUCCAGAUAGAUCUGCUUCUGAUGAAGAUGGGCAGCAAGAUCAUUGGGCUUUUCCCGGGGCUCAAGUGGCUCAGUCUGACUGAAAUAGUGGAGGAGUUUGAGAAGCUCAUGACUCAACAGCUUGACCUACGCUAUGAAGCCAGAAACCUGGAGCGCUUCCAGAAAAAUUUCCUGGAUGUGGAUUUUGUUAAGUUCCCAACUCCACUUCAUCCCUUUGUAACGAGAAAUAUCCUGGUGGAAACGUUUGAGGAGAGUCAGCCCAUAUCCCAGUAUCUGCACAUGGACAUUUCCUCGGAGCUCAAGAAGAGACUAGCCAAGAUGGGCAUGGACAUGCUCCUAAAGAUGGUGUUCGUUGAUAAUUUUGUCCACGCUGACCUGCACCCUGGGAACAUCUUGGUCCAGGGCACCGCGCAUUUCAGCGCUGGCCACAAGAAUCAGACCGCCAUUGUGGACAUGUGUGACACGCUGAUCGUGGAAGUGCAGCUGUCCCCCUGCCCGCUCCGUCUGAUGCUGCUGGAUGCAGGGAUUGUGGCAGAGCUGCAGGGAGCUGACCUUCAGAACUUCAAGGCAGUCUUCACGGCUGUGGUACAGGGACAGGGGGAGAGAGUGGCAGAAUUGAUCCUUCAUCACGCCAGGGCUAACCAGUGCAAGGACAUAGAGAGAUUCAAAGUUGAAAUGGCAGAGCUAGUGACCAAGGCCAGGACGAACACUGUAGCACUGGGAAAGCUUCAAGUGGCGAAUCUGCUCUCCAGUGUCUUUAAGUUACUGAUGACGCACAAGGGGGCUUUGGAUCUGGCCCUCAAGAACCUGCAUUUCAGAACUGACGCCAGACCUUAAAAGGACAGUGUUGGUGUCUCCAUUUAUUUUUUCCUUGCUGUUACAAGUAAAAUGAAAGCAAUUUGGUUUUUUCCCUGCAUGCAUUGCUUACUUAUUGUAGGGUUGCGUAGGUGCACUGGGCUCUACACGCUGGUUUGUGAGGGGGUUACCCAGGAGGUACUGGCGCUUACUUUAAAGCGGAAAAAAAUCACUUUUGUUUAAUUGAAUUCAACUGAGCUAUGACAAUGCUUCUGUGAACUAGGGAGCAUGCUCCAUGGGGCUCCCUCCAUGACAGUGUGGAGGGGGGGGGUGCACAUUGCCCCUUUUCAUGCGUGUGUACUUGCCAGGUCCAUGGAAGCUCCUACAGCCGAGUUGGCACUGGGCAGCACUCCUAACUCCUGCUCCUCCAUAGAGGGGAAAAAUCCUCUCCUGUAUGGAAGUGCAGAGUACUGUCUACUGGGCUGACUUAGGACGUCUCCUUUGACAUGAUCAGCUUCCCCUCCUCAGUUCUGCUGAAUUGCAACGAGGCUGAUUUGAAACUGAAGGGAAAUGAGUGAGCUCCUGUGUCGCAGUCCAGCUGCCUACGCACACAGACGCCCUCCCAGCCCACACCCACCGCAGGCUGGCACCUCAGCGAAAGGGGCUUGGAAAGCACAAAGGCACCCAAGUCCAUUACAACCUUUGCACUUAUGCUUUCAGGUGAAGCUGGAGAGUAACUUUGCCUCAGUUGUCUUUGCCAUCAUGGUUUUGGAAGGGCUUGCCCGUUCGCUGGACCCCGAACUGGACAUCUUGGAGGCAGCUAAACCACUUCUCAUCAGAACCGCCGCUUCUCUCCUAGAGUAGCAGCAGCCACGGACAUUUGUCUUGCAUUGCUGGGCUCUUUGGCGAGGACUGUCUGUCUGUGCUCCUUGGCAGCCGAUGGGGAAACAGCCUGAAGCUGGGGACAGGUCCUCACCUCUGAGAAGCAGUGGGCUAUUCCCCAUUAAACUGGGUAUCAGCCAUCACCACCCAGGCAGCAUCCAGGUGCCAAAGACCUUUCCAGCUGACUUCAUGGUCUCCCAUCCUGCCUAUGAGAGAGUGCUGUUCUACGACAAUAAAGCCCUUUAAUUUGUAUCCAAGUUUGAGUAACACAUAUUGACGUUGAGCUAUGGCUUGGUGAGACUUGUUAGGAAUCAGGCCUCCUUAUUGAUUAGUCCUACUUUGCUGAAAGGCAUUCAAACUGCAAUGAGAAGGGGUCAUACAAGUGGAUAGAUAGAAAAGCCUUGGAAAUGCAAUUGCAAACAUCAGACAUUUUGCAGCAUGAAAUGGUGGGUUCUGACUCCCUUCGAGAGAACUUCACUUUCAGCCUUAUGGGCCUUUUAGAAUUUUACACGUUCAUACGAUCUGGUGUUCUUUGUUAGUUGGGUUUGACAGGAUGUUGGGUAGUCCUUCAGUCUGACUCAAGUGACACUGUCAAGUCAUCUAGGUUCCCAAGAUUGCUAUAAUCUAAUGGGGGGAAGUAGUCUGGGUUUGAAACAUCUUUUAAAAAUGUUUAGAUCUCACCGCUGUGAUCAGGAGUUUAAAAUU